AUGGGUAUUCAUGGCAUUUACAAGGAAAUCGGCCCUGGGCGGCGUGUAGCACUGUCGAAGCUCGCUGUUGAGAAGUUCGAGGAGACUGGCAGACCGUUGCGCAUCGCUAUAGACACAUCGAUCUGGCUUUUCCAGAUACAAGCUAGCAAAGGUGGCACAAAUCCUGCACUGCGAACAUUCUACUACCGCCUGCUACGCCUCAUUGCCCUCUCGAUACACCCCGUCUUCGUCUUCGAUGGACCAAACAAGCCACCCUUCAAGCGCAACAAGCGUACUGGUCCCAAUGUCGCCUCGAUCCCCGAGUUUCUCGCCAAGCAGCUGCUGAAGCAGUUUGGAUACCCCAUCCACCUUGCGCCAGGCGAGGCCGAGGCAGAAUGCGCCCUGUUGCAGCGAGAGGGUAUUGUUGACGCAGUGCUGAGUGAGGAUGUCGAUACGCUCAUGUUUGGGAGUGGCAUCACGAUCCGUAACUGGUCACCAGAGAAGUCAGGCAAGACGCCAACACACGUCAAUGUCUACGACGCUGUGGAAACAAAGAAUGGGCCUUCAGCGCUGGAUCGCGAGGGUAUGAUUUUGGUCGCGCUGAUGAGCGGCGGAGACUAUGUUCCUGAGGGGAUACCUGGGUGUGGACCAAAAACAGCCUGUGAGGCUGCAAAGGCUGGGUUUGGGCGCGAUCUCUGCAGCAUACCACGCAACGACGCAGCUGCACUGUCACGGUGGAGGGAGCGGCUACAACACGAGCUGAAGACGAAUGAAAGUAAGCUUUUUAAACGGAAGCAUGGCACUCUCAAGAUACCAAAUGACUUCCCUCGACUCGAUAUUCUUGGAUAUUACACACACCCUGCUAUCUCGACGCAGACUGGCCUGGACAAAUUACGGAGAUCGAUAAACUGGGAUCAGGAACUCGACUUUCCGGGUCUGCGUGAAUUUACUGGCGACGCAUUCGACUGGGUGAAGCUGGAAGGCGCAAAACAUUUCAUACGCAGUCUUGCACCAUCCCUUCUCGUCCGUGCAUUACGCAUGCGAGCUGCACAGAUCGAGCGUCUCCCUACGAAUAACAUACAAGCUAUACAAGAGGACGAGGCUCUCCUUGUGAAAGGAAUACACGGGAAACGUCAACACGCCGUUACGGACAGUAGCACAGAGCUUCGUAUAAGCUUCACGCCUAUUGAGCUCGUCAAAAUCAAUCUGGACGACGAAGACCCUGAUGACGACUUCGAACUUCCACCAUCCACGCAGCAGAGCGCAGGCAAUGACGACGAUCCUCCUGUGGACCUAGAUGAUGAUGCAGAAGAGGGCCCCAAGAAGCGUGGUCCUACCAAAUUCGAUCCCUUCAAGCCAGCACGAAUCUGGGUCAUGGAAACCUUUGUCAAAGUAGGCGUCCCGCUGAAGGUGGAGGACUGGGAGGCCGAACGACAGGCUAAGGUGAAGCCCAAAAGAGCAGCGAGUCAGGAGCCGAGCAAGACUGUUCCAAGAGUAAAUGCCACUACAAGACGAACGAAGACUGCCCCAGAAGCGCCACAAUCCCGUAUACAGAGCUUCGCGAAGGUGACCAAGCCGGGAUCGAAGCUGUCCCGGGGAUCGUCGAAGCCGCAAGAGGGUGAUGUUGGCCUUCCAUUAACCCAACCGAAGGCUACACUGAUCAACCUGUUGUCCUCGUCUCCUGUGCGGCAGCAGAGUAAUUUGCCGAUAGUAGCUCCGAUUUGUGAAGAAUCUCUCACUCCGGUACUGGAACAUCUACCACCAAGUGUGACGAAGCGAAGGAGAAGAGCGCCCAUACAACGUUCGAAGACUCUGCCCGCCGAUCUGAGCGCCACGCUUGAACGGCCAAAUACACCCUCACUGCUAGACACGGUCGAAACACUAGAUCUGGUAGACUCACCAGCGCCACCUUCUCCAUCGCAACUACCUGCUAAGAAGGCGAGGACGCGGACAAAGGUCUGUCGUGGGACGUCUGUAACUGCAUCGCCAGAAAAGGGGCGGCAGACCACCCUUGAUACAUGGCGAGCUUCCCAAACACCUACUAGGCUACGAGCCACCACAGGCAUUUUCGACGACACGCCUGUUCCCACACCCGCCCAAUUGAGGCGGCCAUCUGAUAUCAUUGAUACUCUUGACUUGACGCUCUCAUCACCAACGAAAGCGCCACAACCUGUGACGACAACCCGAGCCCGGACACCACUGACCUCGAUAUCAUCCAACGCAUCACGAUCCUCGUCCUCAUCGAGAUCAUCAACCACGAACAAGAAGCAAACGACGAGAACAGCGACAACACGGACACGGAGCACCUCGUCGCGGCUCAACAAAACAAAAGCGCCCACACCAGAAAUCGACACCCUCGACCUCACGAUCGCUCUACACAAGGAUGUCCAAGGAGCUGCGAAGCCCAAGCCGAACCACUCGGUACCCCAGCCAAGCCGGACCAAAUCUCUACCGCUCGAGAUCGACAGUCUCGAUCUGACAUCCCCCCAGCUCAACUCGGCAAAGCCGACAUCACCAGAAAUAGAUUCAAUCGACCUGACAGAUCUCUCACCCCCCGCCCUACCACCGCACCAGUCACCGACUCUCGCAACCGCGCCCUCACCGCGCCGCUCACCGCGCCGAAACACCUCGCACUCUCCAGAACCACCACUCCAGCCCUCACCACCCGCGGCCUGGAAAGCAAAAGCAACUAAGAAGCGACAGAUCAUCCUACGAAAGAGUCUGGCAGGGGCAUGGGACUAUGUCGAAGCCGAGAGUCCGGCGAAAGAAGCCAACCCCAAGGUCGCCGUCGGUGCUGUAUUGAAAGGCAAGGAGAGGCGGAGGUGGAGGGAAAGCGAGGUAGAGAUACUAGAUUUAAGCUGA